CAUUCCCCUCUGAGCCAGGCUUUCAUUUCUUGGAGAAAAAUCUAUUUCUACGGGUCUACGCAUCGAGGAGAUGCAUACCAGGGCAAGACAUGCCCCUGAUGAUCUCAGCACCAAAAAGCAGGGCCGUGCUGUCUUUCGCCCCCAUCGACGACGUGCACGGAGCGCCCUGGUACGUCAUACUGCUAUCUUGCUGGGACACCCUCUCUUGCCCUGUGUCUUCUGCGCCUUCGUGUUCCCAGGGUCUGAAGCGUCAACUCAGGGCAUUAUGCCGAAGCCAGCGAGUACUGUCAGCAUCGCUUAACCUGGUAGCACCACUCUAGCCAUCGGAGAGCUGCAGCUCCCAGAACGAAGCUGCGACCUCGUCUUGUCCUGUGAUGACAGCGUUGGACGGGAUAUGAGUGGUCGAUCACGAGAAGCGGAUAGUUUGCCCGUCAGCCUGGAAAUGAUGAGGUCUUCGCUUACCGGAUAGCCCAGAUAUUCCUAUAUGACAGCAUAUACACAUG